AAUGGUUGGGGAAGAUGAUGGAACACCUGAGAUGGCUACAUUGACUUCUUUGAUGAGAAAAAAAAGACAAUAUCUGUGUUUAUUGCUGACCGAAAACCCUUUUUAGGCUUUUGGUGUGAAAUAGAAAAAUGAACUUAAAAUUUAUGACUUUGAUGGUUAGACAAAAUAGAUUACAAAAAGAGAAUCAUGUUGCAACUCUGGAAUGAGAGUGCCUAUCCAAAUGAAGUGCAUUGGACUGCUUAUGAAUGAUCCUUGAUUGGUGAUGUCAUCUCUGCCUUGACAGGAGGGAAAGGUUUUCUGUCACAGCAUCAUCUCCUCCUGGGCCUGGUGUUACUGUUAAAACCAGCUGGAUAAAUGGAGCAAGAGUGUUUGGCUCUUCUUGCUACGUCUGUUCAAACUUCUCAAUUGCUAGUGCAACAAUGGAUGCUGAACAGGCGUACUGUGAUAUUUGCCAUAGCAAGGAUUCUUCAGUGGAGGCGCUUUCGCCGGUCAACUACAGUGCUGAGGCGCAUCCUCUCAGCUAGCGUCCGUCGUAAGAGAGCCUUGCUACGGCUUCAUCGCAAUGCUAUAGUUUCUGUGGUCACUAUGGUGUACUCAUCUUCACCCGCACUGCAUUAUGAGCAUGAGCUGAUGGCCCUGUCUGAGCGAUCACACUGGAUGCUCCCCAGAUGUAGUGAAUGGUGGGAGCGAAUGAUUUCUUCAGAACAGGAUGACAAGUGUUGGAUUUCUUUAUUCAGAAUGUCACGCUCCACACUGAUGUAUAUUGCUGAGGAGCUGCGUCCUGCCUUACAGCGUCGAGACACUGGCAUGAGGUCACACAUUCCUGUGGAGAAAAGGGUGGCCAUGACCGUUUGGAAACUCGCGCAUCACGACAGUUACAAGACUGUUUCGGAGCUCUUUGGAGUGGGAAUUUCAUCGGCCUGUUCAAUCUUUGAAGAGGUCUGUGAGGAAAUAAAUAGUAGGCUCCUGGCCCAAACAAUUUUCUUGGGCGAUCCACAAGGUAUUAUGGAAGGCUUCAAGGAUAUGGGCUUUCCCAACUGCCUUGGUGCAGUUGAUGCAAUCCAUAUCUCCAUCCUCUGCCCUCCCUUCUCUGCUGACUCCUACAUUAAUUGUAAAGGCUUCUAUUCAAUGGUGUUGCAGGCUCUAGUGCUGCAUCUUACACAAUAUUUGUGAGAUCAAAGGAGAUGAGCUGCUAGAACCAUUAGAGAGUCCUACAGCUGCUGAUACCCAGAAUGCUUCAGCCAGGCCAAGGGUGCCACUGUCAGAAGCUGGACUUACUAAGAGAGCUUGCCAGAUCAGGGCUGCAUAUUGUUCCUAUUUUGAAAAGAACCCGCUGUAGAACAGGCACUUUUGUCCAAGUAAUUUCAAUGUGUGAGUGGCCUGAUUAUAUAAUAAUAUUGCUACACCAAUGUAUAUUAGAGUAGCUGAAUUUUGGCAUCAAAAUAAAAAAAAGUAUGAAUAAUCUAUUGUUAUUAGAUAUCUGCUCCAUUGUCACUCAUUCCUUUGCCACUUCCCAGAUGAAUGUUUAAAGCAUGCUCUACAAGGAUCUGCCCUUGAAUAAUACUGGAAGCUUCAACUGGUAUAGAUCGUAGCAUCACACACAAUUUUGGUGCUGUAAAAUUUCCUUGUAUAAUACCAUUGCAGUGAAGCUUCUAAUAUAUUUCUAGAUGCAAUUCAAACUGCUGGUUAUCCCCUUUAAAGUUCUGCAUCGCAUGAGACCAGAUUACUUGUGAUAGCAUGAUUUUGUGCUUGGUAGAAUUUGGUGUGAUCGUGGGCAUAAAGCAGGGUAUGGUCUUAGCACCAUUAUGUCAUAACGAAAUAUACAGGUUUAAAAUCAAAAAGACCUUUCAUUCAUGACCCCUUCUAGCCAAGCUAGUCCUAUCGAAUAGGCACAAUAUGUUAAUGAGGAAUUUCCUAAUGCAGAGUUCUUCGGCCCGAAACGGCAGUCUGCAGAACCAGAAAGGUUGGGGACCGCUGGCCUAAUGUGAUUCAAAGUAAUCAGGCAUUAGAGCUUGAUGAUUCAGUGUCAAGUCAAAUAGAUUGGAGUGAGAUGAGCCUGUGACUUUGAGGAAGAAGCACACCUGAGUGGUCAGAUAAAGAUGCCCCUUAUCUACUAAGGAGAACUGAGUCCCAAACUGCUAUCUAUGUAAUCUAUUGGUUGAUAGAAUUCUAUCCAGGCCCACCGAAAAGAAUCUCAAUAGUUGUAGAUCCCUUGAUGCUGGUGCCACAAUUAUCUUUAUUUUUCACAUAUUCAAAAGCAUAUCAAAUCAUAUGAUAAAUCAAUAUUUGGUCUCCAAAAUACCAGAAAGUUUUCACUGCUAGGCACAGAUGUUCCUAUUCAGUUUCAAAGUUAUAAUUUAGAGUCACAACUCAAAAAAUUAUUGUUCAAGCUCUAGACUGGAACAUGUGAACUUGCAAUCUUAUCUGACUCCAGUGAAAAACUGGACCUUAAGAAAUUAUGUUUGCUAUUUCAGUAUUCUACAGGAGGUCUUCACCAUAUUUAUCAGGACAAAGAGCAAUGGGGUGUUAGGGCAGAAUGGAGUGACUAAAAUCACCCAUAGCUUGAACAUCUUUGUUACUGUUUGGAUAGCACUGGCAUCAAAGGGAAUAUAUAGAGCCAGUUAUGAUGCUGCCAGGGCAUCAUUUGCCUUUGUUCUGUGGUCUUGAAAAGAAUCAUCUUUAUUGGUGGUUACCUGCCUUUGCAGAUAGGUUGAUGAAAGGGAAAUCUCCACCUUCUUACAGUCUUCUAAAAUCUGUAACUGGACCCAUUUGUCCUGAAAUAUUUUGCUAUUAACUGGUAGUCAGUGAUACCUUUAUGUACCCUGUUGAUAUGAAUAAGCAUACAUUCACUUAUCGAUUCUUUGACUUUUUUUAAGAUUCCUUGAUCUGGUUCCACCCAGAUUGUUUAGACAAACACUGUUCAUUACAUUAUGUAUUUGCACCAAUAUUUGCUACAACUAACUUGAUAUAAAACUUUUCACAGCCAGUAAUAUUAUCCUCAACUUUACCUGUUGAUAAUGACAGUUUGAUGAGAUUAUAAUUCCUGCUUCAUGUUUGACUAGCUUUUUGGCCAGAUUGGCUGGUAUUAGCCAUUAAUGCAACAAUUGAUCUCCUUUACUUGACAUCUUGUGAGGUAGGCUCCUCUGUGGAAUGGCCUGAGAUAGAACCAAACUCAUGGCAUUGAAUCCAGAGCUGCAACUCUUUUCUUGCCAUCAAGGGAUUGGCCUCCUGGAUAUUAAGGCAUUCAUCACCAGAUGUACACGAGAGGAAUAGUUUCUCUCAUGUUGACAGUAAUUCCCUGUAGCAGAACAUAUUUCAAGGGUAUGUGUGCUCUUGGUAAAAUUACAAAACUCUAUUCCUAUAGGCAUCAAAGUGACAAUAUUCACUAUUCUUUCCAUAUAAGAAAAUCUAAUGAGAUCAUCCAGAUGAAUACAUGUAAACAAUAUGAAUUUUGGUGAGUUGCACAGAAUUUUCUAAAAGAUUGGGGCAUAUUCAAAUUCCAAGAUUCCAGAUAACUUUCUCGAUUUUUUUCACUGUAAACGAGAGACAUGCUGGAAAAACUCAGAUCUGCAAUGACAUGUUCUAUGGAGCAAAUGUCCAGCGAGUGAGUUUUCUUCAUUCUAAACUGUUUCUCUUUCUUUCUGGAGACGAAGGAUGAGAGGAAUCUUUCUUUUUCUAGUACAUAGCCCACUGAAUACAGUAGUUUGUAAAAACCAUUCUGUUCCUGUAUGUGGUUUCUAGGUUUGCAACAUUUUUGUAGUCGACGCCCUCCUCCCCCAAUAAAACUGUUCACAGGUCUGCGACUAAAA